CUGAAGUGCGAGAGUGGCGGUGGACGGAAGAAACGGGGCUCAGAGUUUAGUGACUGUGAACCUUUAACCCGCCCUCCAUCAGUUUAUCCUGUGACAUAGCUGUCGUGACACUCUUGUGUCAUGGAACUGUAGGGAGCAGUGUUGCCAUAACAGAAAGCCAAAAACAAAAAGGGCUAAGCGAUUCCUUGAGAAGAGAGAACCCAAACUCAGUGAAAACAUUAAGAAUGCCAUGCUGAUUAAAGGGGGGAAUGCAAAUGCAACCGUGACUCAAGUACUCCGAGAUGUGUAUGCACUGAAGAAACCAUAUGGAGUUCUAUAUAAAAAGAAAAAUAUUACAAGACCAUUUGAGGAUCAGACAUCACUGGAGUUCUUUUCAAAGAAGUCAGACUGUUCUUUAUUCAUGUUUGGCUCCCAUAAUAAGAAGAGGCCGAAUAAUCUAGUUAUAGGUCGUAUGUAUGACUACCAUGUGCUGGAUAUGAUUGAACUAGGUAUUGAGAAAUUUGUGUCUCUGAAAGAUAUUAAGACUAGUAAGUGCCCCGAGGGAACAAAACCCAUGUUGAUUUUUGCUGGUGAUGAUUUUGAUGUAACAGAAGACUAUAGAAGAUUAAAAAAUCUUCUUAUUGAUUUCUUCAGAGGUCCCACAGUAUCAAAUGUCCGACUGGCUGGGUUAGAAUAUGUUCUGCACUUCACUGCACUGAACGGGAAGGUUUACUUUCGGAGCUAUAAGCUGCUGUUGAAGAAGUCUGGUUGCAGAACCCCACGGAUUGAACUGGAAGAGAUGGGACCGUCGAUGGACCUGGUUCUCAGGAGGACACACUUAGCAUCAGAUGACCUCUAUAAAUUGUCCAUGAAAGUGCCCAAAGCUCUCAAGCCAAAGAAGAGAAAGAAUGUCUCUCAGGAUACUUUUGGUACAACUUUUGGAAGGAUUCAUAUGCAGAAGCAAGACCUAAGCAAACUGCAGACCAGGAAAAUGAAGGGGUUGAAAAAACGACCUGCAGAGAUGGACACAGAAGACCAGAGGAAGAAAUCAAAGAGAAUGAAGAGAAACUAGUGCACCUAACUGGCAGGGACCACGUCUGUGGUCGUUUACUAAAGAGAAUCGUUAGUUUGAGUCUCUCCAGUUUUCUCGUAGGAAUUUGUUGGUUUUUUGGAGGUUUUUGAAGGGGUGAGGGUGUGGCAGGAUCUCUCACUGUAGCCCAGGCUAGCCUCAGCCUCCCAAGUGCUGCAGUUAUAGGCUUGUGCCACCAUACCCAGCGUAUUGUAUAUUUCUGUAACAUAACUUAUUACUUAAAUUUUUAAAGAAUUUGAAAUUUG